AUUUUUUAUAGGCUGUCACUCACUACCACUAGUCGUCCACCCACCUCACUUUUUCCCAUGUAUAAUAACUCUCUGUCACCCAUCAUUCCUUUCAAUCAAUACAAUUGCUUCCUAAUUCAUAUCAGACGCCAUGGCUGCCCAACCAAAGAAGAUCAUCAUCGACACCGACCCUGGCAUUGAUGAUGCCAUGGCGAUUUUUCUGGCAUUACGAUCACCAGAGGUGGAGCUGAUUGGACUCACAACUGUAUUUGGGAAUGUUUAUACGACCCUGGCCACGAGAAAUGCCCUGCAUUUGCUAGAAGUUGCAGGGAGAACUGAUAUCCCUGUUGCUGAGGGAUCUCAUGUCACUAUUAAUAAAGAUACAAAACCUCGAGUUGCUGAUUUUGUCCAUGGUGCUGAUGGACUUGGCAACCAAAAUUUUCCUCCACCAAAAGGAAAGGCAAUUGAGCAGUCAGCAGCAGCCUUUCUCAUUGAGCAAGCAAACCUCUAUCCUGGAAAAGUCACAGUGGUGGCACUAGGCGCACUUACAAAUAUUGCCCUGGCCAUCCAACAAGAUCCUGCAUUUUCUAAGAACAUUGGGCAGAUUAUUCUUCUUGGUGGUGCUUUUGCAAUAAAUGGGAAUGUGAAUCCAGCAGCAGAGGCCAAUAUUUUUGGUGAUCCAGACGCUGCAGAUAUUGUCUUCACAAGUGGAGCAGAUGUUUUGGCUGUGGGCUUAAAUGUUACUCAUCAAGUCAUAUUGACAGCUAAAGUGCCCAGUAAAGUUGCGUUUUUUGGCUGGUUGGUGUCGCUUGAGAAAGUUUUAACUACCGAUAAUUUGAGGAAAAGGGGCUUUUAUGUGAUGGACUGGUGCACCAUGUGUAAAAAUGAUGGUGAAUCUGUCAACCAUUUGUUUCUUCAUUGUGAAAUGGCAACGGCUUUGUGGAAUGAGUUAUUCGUCAAACUAGGCAUCGUUUGGGUCAUGCCUUUUCAAGUGGUGGAUUUUUUGGUUUGCUGGCAAGGAGCAGCUGGAAGUAGGCGAAAUAUAGAGGAGUGGAGAAUGAUCCCACUGUGCUUAUUCUGGUGUCUAUGGCUCGAGAGAAAUGGGAGGUGUUUUGAAGAUCGAGAACGCACAAGGAUGGAACUUAGGGACUUUUUCUUCAACACUUUAAACUUUUGGGCGAAUAAUCUUUUAAGGGAUAUCAACUUUUGUAAUGUUUUUCUUUAGUUCUGUUUCUGUUUUAGAUUGUAUUUAGGUUUAUUCUCUUGUAUACUACCCGUGUACUUGGGCAUUGCCUAUUUACUAUGAAUAAAAUCCAUAUUAUCUAUCAAAAAAAAAAAAAAUCAUCUUUCUGUUCUCCAAUGCCACAGUGAAGAAUAUUUAGAUUCUCUCAGUAGAAUUAUCCACCAGAAUUAUUGAAUCCCUUCAAAAUUGUAAUACUUGCAUGAUUCUAUUUGUAUAUUUUUUUCUCUCACCGUAAUCUUUCUUUCAUCACUUUUGACACAUCAUAGAUGAUGAUAGACAGAAGCUGGCAAGGUCAGAUGGGAAAUUUGCUCAG